CUGCCAACGCCCUGGCAGAGGAGCUGAGGUCAUCACUGAAGUUGAAGUAAAGUGGAUACAAAACUGUUUCAGCAAUGCAGACAAUUAAGUGUGUUGUUGUGGGUGAUGGUGCCGUUGGUAAAACAUGUCUCCUGAUAGCCUAUACAACAAACAAAUUUCCAUCUGAGUAUGUACCAACGGUUUUUGACAACUAUGCAGUCACUCUUGUGAUUGGUGGAAAGCCAUAUACUCUGGGACUUUUUGAUACGGCAGGGCAAGAGGAUUAUGACAGAUUACGGCCACUGAGUUACCCACAAACAGAUGUAUUUUUAGUCUGCUUUUCAGUGGUCUCUCCGUCCUCAUUUGAAAAUAUGAAAGAAAAGUGGGUGGCUGAGAUAGCUCACCACUGUCCAAAGACUCCUUUCUUACUUGUUGGGACCCAAAUUGAUCUCAGAGAUGACCCCUCUACUACUGAAAAACUUGCCAAGAACAAACAGAAGCCUAUCACUCCAGAGACUGCGGAAAAGCUGGCGCUCGACCUGAAGGCUGUUAAAUAUAUGGAGUGCUCUGCACUCACACAGAAAGGCCUAGAGGAUGUAUUUGAUGAAGCAAUAUUGGCUGCCCUGGAGCCUCCAGAGCCGAAGAAGAGCCGCAGGUGUGUGCUGCUAUGCACGUCUCUCCAGAGUCCUUUCUGCACAGCUGGUGUCGGCAUCAUACUAAAAGCAAUGUUUAAAUCAAACUAAAGAUUAAAAAUUAAAAUUCGUUUUUGCAAUAAUGACAAAGGCCCUGCACCUACCCACAUGCACUCAUGUAAGACAGGCUCAUAGGAAUGGCCCUCCCUCUCCUGAUACUAGUGAAUUUUGAGUCAUUGUGUAUUUGUCAGAAAAGUGAUCAGUACUACUUUCAGUUUUGCUGUUUUAAAAUUUUUUUGUUUGUUUUGUUUUUGUUUAAAAGCAAGGCAUGCUUGUGAUGACUCUGUAACAGAGUAAUUCGGAUUGUUAA